CAAAGACAGAAACAUGAUUGGCAGCCUGUUGUACUAUGCGCUCUACCCGCUGUCACGGUUAGUGACCAGCCGACGCUCAGAAGCCUCGAAGAAGAGUGUCCCUCCUGCAGUGCUUGAUGGCAAGGCAGUGUGGGAUGGUGCUGCUGUCACAACCACAAGGUUCACCCAGUCGCAGAACACCCUGCUGGACCAGUGGCUCAGCCCAAGCAUUGGGACAAUGGGAGAAAGGAAAGAAAGGAUGAAGGAACCAACCUCAGAAGAUGAAGCUGAUAUGAAGCUUGACACAGACAAAGAGCAGCUGAUGGCUGUCCUGCAUGAAGAAACAAACAACGAGGCUGCUUCAGAGAUGGAAUUGAUUUCUGCAGUGAAACAGAAAGAAACGGAGAAUGGACAGCAACAAGAAAAAGUAGAACUUCCUGAGCAUAACGGCGGGGAAAUAACUAUACACCAUGACGAGCUACUUGUGAAACAAAACACAAAGGAUGAAAGUAUUUUUCCAACUGAGGACGUUAGUCCAGAGCAAGACUUUGGAGCACAAUUGGAGUGCCUGCAAAAGGUGGACAACACUCAACAAACCAGCAGUCCAAUGCAGGAAAAACUACAGAUACUAAGCCUGGAGGAGUCAGUAGCUCCAGCUGAGCCAAGCACACCAGAAACUACUCUUCCAGUGCAAGAACAAAUACAAAGCUCAGAAGAGUCAGUGGCACCAGCUGAAGUCACUGAGUGCUGGGAUGAAUAUGUGCUUCCAACAGCUGAUGACAUGCACGGUGGGGAAAGCUGUUCUAAGCUGGUAUUUUCCUCCCUUCUCUUUGACACCCAAACCAAUCUUAAACUGCAGCAUGGUCCACAAGCUGGCUGGCACUUUCCUGCAGGACCUGGCCUGGCAGAAGAAGUGCAGUGUCCACCUUGGCAAUUUCCUGCUGUGAGCUACUACCCUCCAACAGAGCCGACAGUGCCUUUUGAAGUAAUGUGGAGAGUGUGGGAGGAGGUGGAUGAGAGCGCCACUGCAGCAGAGCCCGUCCCAUUCACUAAGGCCUCAAAGGACUUCACUGUUAUGUCCUACAACAUCCUUGCUGAGGACUUACUGGAGGCCAACCAGGAGCUGUACACACACUGCCCACUGGAGGUGCUCGACUGGAACUACCGCUGCAGCUUACUCCUGGAGGAAAUACAGAAAUGGGAACCAGAUAUUCUGUGUCUCCAAGAAGUUCAGGAGAACCACUACCAUGAACAACUGUGUCCAGUUCUGUCUCAGAUGGGCUACGCCUGCGUGUACAAGCGGCGUACAGGGACGAAGACAGACGGCUGUGCUACGUGCUAUCGUAGCAGCUGCUUCUCUGAGGAGUCAGUCACCACUCUGGAGUUCUUCAGGCCUGAGACGGAGCUGCUGGACCGGCACAACGUGGGCAUUGUUUUGUUGCUUCGGCCAGUGGUCACCCAGGGGUCAGAGGUCAAGGCGAAGGGUCCGCCCCUCUGCGUGGCCAACACCCACCUGCUCUUCAACCCGGGCAGGGGUGAUGUGAAGCUGGUCCAGCUGGCCAUAAUGCUGGCAGAAAUUGACAGCGUUGUUAAGUCCUGCAAGGAAAAAGGUGAACACUGUAACAUUAUAUUAUGUGGGGACUUUAACUCUGUCCCUCACAUGCCUCUCUAUCAGCUGAUCACCACCGGCGAGCUCUACUUCCAGGGUCUACCAGCAUGGAGGAUAUCAGGACAAGAGGACAUGUCACACAAAUCUUAUUGUCUCAGACUCUUUGCCCCCCUGUGGCCAAGCUCUCUGGGAAUCACUGACAGCUGCCAGUACACUCCUGUCAAGGAGAUAUCGAAGAGCCAAAAAUCAGGGAAAGGCCAGUACAGCCAUGACUUCAUGCUGCAGCUGCGCUUCUGUCCAGUUGCAUGUGUCCGUCCUCUGGACUUGGAGACGAUCCCAGGGGUGACUGACAACACACCAGAUGCUUCGAAGAGAAAUCAGCCUUGUGAAAAAAGUUUCAGACACACGAUCAGUCACCGGUUAGACCUGGAGUCGGUCUACAAACACGUUCUUCCAGGCUUUGGAAAUCCAGAAGUCACGACUUUGCACUCUGAAGGGGGAGCUACUGUCGACUACAUCUUCUACACCCCCAGACGCACGACGUAUGAUCAAAACGCUGGUGACUAUGUGAGUGAGGGUCUGAAGCUGAUUGGCUCUCUCUCCCUCCUAUCAGAGGACGUUUUAUGGUCAUUGAGCGGUCUGCCCAGUCACAUAUUCCCCUCCGACCAUCUCAGUCUGCUGGCCAAGUUCCAGCUGGACCUGAACGCUGUCUGAUGGGAAACACCGGGCAAAUUUAAAGCGAUGUCAGAGGAUGAGCAUAUUUCCGUUGAAAUGGUUCUGGUCUUGCUCUGUACACAUUUGGUUUGCGUUUUUUGUGUUUCACCUCUGGCAUCAAAGGAUUAUAGUUUUCUAACUGAAUAGAAGUUUGUAUUUUGUUCAAAAACACAUGGUUUUAAUCAGAUAAAUGACGAAGAGCUACGACUGAGAUAUGACAAAUCUCAUUAAUAAUGCUGUAAUACUACAUUAAAAAA